UUUUUCAGCUUCGUUGCACUGGAGAAAGUAAAAUAACCAGCAUGACCAAUUGAUCACCAUUUCCUGGGUCUCCAACGAUGGAACGGCACAAUAGCGCCAAGGGGAGGAAAUCCAAAACACUGCGCUCCAUUUCCCGGUCGCUCAUCCUCUGCAACGGCAAGACCAGCGAUGAUGGCUCGAGCCCAGAUGAUAAAUAUGCCAACCCUUUUGAGAGCCAAGCCAGCUGGAGUCAGAAAGAACCAUGCCCUCAACUCCCCCUGGCGUGCUCCUCGCCUAGCCAAGACACCACAUCUGAUCCUCUUGUGAUUGCCAGCAUGGUGCAGCUGAGGACCAAUGCCAGUGAAAGCUGUAAGAACAUGAAGAGGAAGUUCUUUAUCAAGGACAGCUGCAUUUGGAAGCUCUGCAUUGCGACCGGGAAUACGGGGCUGGGAAUCCAAGUCUGCAGGACUUCCAAUGGCUCUGCUUUUGGUAAAGAGUUCAUGGUCAGCCACGUGAUUGACGGGGGAGCUGCUCAGAGGGAUGGUCGUUUAAGCCCCGGGGACGAGCUUUUAACAGUCAACGGGCAACCCCUUAAAGAACUCUCCAGCAAAGAGGCUGAAUCGCUCAUCCAGUCCGCCAGAGGCUUGGUCAAUUUAGUGAUUGCUAAUAAGGAAUCAUCCAGUUGUCCUCAUAAGGAGCAGCCUCCUAAACACGACCUGCCAAAUGGAUCUGUUCUGCAGACCAAAGCCAAAUGCCAGCGGACUCGCAGCAAUUCAGCCAGUGGAGAUGAAAUAGUGGAAAUCAACGAGGCAUCUGUCCAAACAAUGACCCUCAGUGAAGUUCACGCUGUCCUAAGCCACUGCAAUCCUGGCAUUGUGCAAAUUAUCAUUAGCAGGCAUCCUGAUCCACAGGUUUCUGAACAGCAGCUAAAGGAUGCAAUUUUCAAUGCUAUGGAAAGCAACAAGUUGGAAAGAGACAAAUUCCAUUGGAAUGCAGAAGGUGGCAGUUGGCUCAAGAAAGCUCCCUGUGAAAAAUACUUGGAGAAGAAUGACACUCACCUCAUCCAUCCUUCUCAAAAGCCAAUGAUCCGUUCCAGCAGCGAUAGCAGUUACAACCCCAGGUCAUCUUGUGGACAUGGCCUUCUUUAUCAGUUGACCAAUGGCCAGGGGAAAGAACAUCGUCUGGAUGUAGCAAUUACGCAGCCACCGGGCUCCCGGCAUUCAUUUUCUGAAGUGAGUUUGCGAAAUGAGUCUUCCCCACCAGUGUCUCAAGACGUCGGUGCCCUUUCGUCACACAGGACUAAAAAAUGCACAGAGAUCCUGGUUAGAAAACCGAGGUCAUUCAAACCCAAGCCUCCACCAAGGAAGUAUUUCAAACAGGAUUGUCCUGAUAAUGAGCAGAUGAUCAGAGAGAUGAAAAAGAGACCCAGUCUGCAUGAGGGUGAAGUCCCAGCAUCUUCAGAUGCCCAGGAAGUUGGGGACCUGCUGCGGCUGAGAAAUAAGACGGUUGUCACUCACGGCACAUUUGCAAGUUCUUUAGCUCCACGAGCUGCAGAACAGCUGAAGGUGUCCUCAGGAGCUGCAGAUCGCGAAGAGAAAAGCAACAAAGGGAAGACAGACUCAUCUACAAGACCUGCACUCAGAAGGCAAGCGAGGGUGGAUUAUAGCCUUGAGACGACAACCGAAGAUCCUUGGGUGAGAAUUUCCGACUGCAUCAAAAGCUUGUUUAACCCCAGCAUGGCUGAAGAAAGGUGCCCCUUAAACAUGCCUCAUGGCAUCGAAAGCAAAGACGGUGAGCCAACCUUGCAUUGCUCAGGUGCAGCCCUGCAGCCUUCAGACACCGAGGAGAGUGAUCCCAAAGCCUCUUCUACCUCAGAGGAAGGUGACUUUGUGAAGAAAGGGCCACCUGUAGCGCCCAAGCCAGCUUGGUUCCGUCAAAGCCUCAAGGGACUAAAGAAAGGAAAUUCAGAUGCAAAACCUCUCAGAAACAGCAGCACUGAGCAUCAGAGCAUGUCGGACAACGAGGUGGGCUCUAUUACCAAGAUCAUCCGGACAUCAUCUAGAGGAUCAUCAAUAAAGCAGAGAAUAAGCUCUUUUGAAAAUCUGGGCACCCCUCAAUCUCCUGAAAAGGGAACUAGGAAGCUGAGUGCAAAGCCGUCCAUUCAAAAGGAAGAACCUUCUAGCAGGCAGGAUUCCCAAACUGCCAUGUUGGAUCCUCAGGAAGCGUCCACCAGCAACACUGACCAACGAGGUUCUGAGAGCAGCCCCCUGCCACCCUCUCUGGGAGAAGAUCAGCUCAGCUCAUCUUCCUCCUCCGUGGAUCGUCAUGCUUCGAUUUCAAAGACGAGCAACAGCACCCUUCUUGACUCAUCUUUGAAUCUUCCAGCCUCACAAAAUACGGAACUCAACCCACAAGUCACAAAACCACCGAGUCAACGAGCACGGAGCUUUCCGCUCACUUCAUCUCAGACAUGUGAGAUGUUGAAAAGCAGCGCCGAGGGAGAAAAAUGCAGCAAAAUCUACUCCAUUAGCAAUCACUUCUCAUCAGCGUUGAUGAAAUUCUUAGAUGGCUUCCCUUCUCAGUCUCCUCGGUGUUCUAGAAAGAACCCUGGAACCUCCAAUGGAGGGAUUUCUGAAUCUUGCACAGAAGAAGACAAGGUUGCUGUCCCUCAAGGAAGAGAAGUUCCGUCUCUGGACACUGGCUAUUCUCUUAACCUUUCUGAGUUGAGAGACUACGGAGCACACCACCCAGACAAAGAGAAGAGGGAAGAUAAGAAGAAAGCCUGUCCGUCUCCAACCCUGGGCACCUCUGGGCAAGCGGUCAUCUCUCUCCUCACUCCUGAAGAACUGGAGAAACUUCUAGAGGAGGUGAAAUCUUUGGAUGAAGCAACACUAAAGGCAAGUGUUCACAAAGUCUUCCCCAGCGGCCUAGCAUCUCAGGAAGGAACUAUCCAAAAGAGGGAUGAAGUCUUAUCGAUCAAUGGGAAAUCUCUCAAGGGUGCCACUCAUAGCGAAGCGCUGGAGAUCUUGCGAAAAGCACGGCAUCUCAGGCUGGCAGUGAUUGUCACACGAAGACCCAAAGAGAGAGAAUGGGGCACCCAAAGUGGCACACUUGAGUCCACCACAUCAACAGGAAGCGAAACUUCAAUGGAUUCCACACCAGAAGAUCUGAUCUUUACGGUUACCCUGGAGAAGACAUCUGCAGGUUUAGGUUUCACCCUGGAAGGAGGAAAAGGCUCCAUUCAUGGAGACAAACCAAUCACCAUCAGCCGGCUUUUUAAAGGCAUGACCCCCCAACACAACCCCCCUGUUCAGCCUGGAGAUGAGCUGCUGCAGGUGCACACACAUCUGAUGAAAGGACUCACCCGCUUCGAAGCUUGGAAUAUCAUCCGGACCUUACCAGAUGGGUUUAUUACUGCCAUCAUCAGGAGGAAAAACUCAGUGGCUGCUGCAACGGUUUCCUCUCUCCACGGAGAGGAGUAGGGGGCCACGAUAGUCGCCAUGCUCAAAGAGAUUUGGAACUGCUAUGAUCCAAACUAGGGACUCAUCCCUUGCCCGUAACACCUACUUUGCAGCUGAUUCAACGGUCCAUUCUCAGAAAGAGAAUGUCAAGAAAGGUGGAGACGAGGCCAAUGUAAACAGCUCACUUGUUUCUGAUUGCAGUAUUAUUAAAAGUUUCUGUGAGGAGCUGUGCCCGAAUGAAUCAAGGAUUUUGCCAAAAGCAAAAGGGCACAGCCCUGAAAGAAGGUUUGCUGGCAGAGGAGAUAGCGGGAUUAAUUAACUGGGCCUUGAUUACCUAACAAGUAUGAAAGCAAACACAGGAACGUGUGGAGAUCCGUUUCAGGGCCUGUGCCUUCCUUUGAUGCAACCUGGAGGGUGUAUCUUGGAUGUCAGGCCUUUGUUGACCAUUCCUGGGAUUACAGGUGUGUGUAAAAGUGUGUGUACAUUUCCAUCACUGGGAAAGCAUAUCUCUCUCACUUUGGACUGGUUGCAGAUUGUUGGUUGCUGGAUCAGGAAAGCUUGAUUUAAACCACAUUUUUACCUGUUCCUCCAAUAAAGUAUUGUUCUUUUAAUCAUGUUACAUUUACUUACAAUUAUCUCUCCCCCCCCCCAAAAAAAGAACUCAGUUCAGAAAUAGCUGCUGCAAGCUUCAACCCAAGCAGAGACAAAACCAAGAGUUACUUCAGAGCACUCUUUUUUAAUUAUUAUUUGUAAUGUAUAAAAGCGCAUCAGAACCAAUUAUGGUUUAGAAAAUGUUAUUGCCUGAGAUCUGAAGCAGGUAGAGAGAGUUUAUGAAGGCAGAAUCAUGGAGCAGAUGUGUUU